AUGAAUCAAGCCCCAGGCCAAAUGGCCCAGCAAGGCCAGCCUCAGCCUCAGGGUGGUGCACAGGCUCCUGCUGCUCAGAACCGGCCUCCAAUGUAUCAGCCCGGCCAGAUCAAAAACCUGCCCUUUCUCAGCGAUGAUGAGAAGACCAAAUACGAGCAAGGACUGCGGGGUCUCUGGACUAAGAUGAACGGCUCCCCAACCAACAGCCCGGACCAGAUCGCAGCUCGACAGAAGAUUAUUGAGUUCUCCCGAAUGCUGAUUGGGAAGAUCCAGCAGAGAAGGACACUUGCCGCUCAGCAGCAGGGUCAGCAACAGCCUCAAGCAAGGCCGCAAGGGGCACAGCCACAACAGCAGCCACAACAGCAACAGUUGCAACAGCAGCAACAACAACAACAACAACAACAACAGCAGCAGCAGCAGCAGCAGCAGCAGCAGCAGCAGCAGCCGAACGCCGCUCUGCAAGCCCAAGCCCAAGCCCAGGCUCAGGCUCAGGCACAAGCUCAGGCUCAGGCUCAGGCUCAGGCACAAGCACAAGCUCAGGCACAGGCUCAGGCACAAGCUCAGGCACAAGCUCAGGCACAAGCUCAGGCACAAGCUCAGGCCCAGGCUCAGCAGCAGAAGACACAAGGUGCUGGAACCGAAGUUACGGCAGCUGGAGGCGCUGGUCAGGCGCAGAAUGCUCAAGGACAAGCACCAGCGGCAGCAGCUCCAGCGGUAGCGCAACGACCCAAGAUACCUGAAAACUACAUGAAACUGGCCAACGCCGCUAUACUUCGACCUCCGGUGCAGCUGGCAGAUAAAUCUGCGGAUGGCGCCAAAUGGAUGGAUGAAAUGAAGGAACGGUUUGCACGGGCGCUCAUGACCAUGGAUACUACGAAGAACAAUGUUGCCAACUGGGAAAAGCUGAUGAACGAACGAAAUGCUCAGGGGAACCCCCUCAAAAAUGAAGAACUUCAAAAAUUCCAGCUGAGAAAAGACCAACAGCUGAAGCUUUACUCUGAGGCUCACAAGUGGGUUGAGGGUGUUCGCAAACAGCAAGGAAACUUUCAAGGAGCUGCUGCUCAUGCCAGCCAAGCUCCCGCUGGCGCCGCUGGCGCUGCACAUGCUCCUGGCCAGCCUGGCAACGCUACUCCAGUCAUGCCAUCCGCAUCGCCAGUUGCAGCAGCUGCUGGCACUGCCGCAAACAAACCACAGAGUGGAAAUUUGCCUGCGCAAAUGCCUGGCAACGCUGCUGUAGAGGCGGCCAAAAACCAACAGCAGAUGCCAGCCGGCAAUCGUGUUUCUACGCCAACGCUGCAGCCGCAAGCACGACCGGUUCCGAACACUGCUCCCAUAGCACAGCAGCAGAUGCAACCGCAAAUGCAAGCACCGCAACAGCAGCAGAUGCAGUCGCAGCAACAAGCACAAUUGCAGCAGCAGAUGCACGCUCAGCCUCAGGGACAGCCCCAGCCUCAGAUUCAAGUCAAGACGGAACCACCGCGGCCCGCACCGGUCAACACAGCUCUCGCUUCAGCUGCUGCACAGGCUCAGGUUGCUCAACAGACUGCAUCUCCUGCUCAAGCAGCGGCACGAGUACAAACCCCACAAACUGCAACCCCAGUAGCUGGCCCAGGACAGCCAACACGAGCUCUCAGCCAUUCUGCCGCCAUGUCUCUCGCUAAUCAAAGAGCAGCCGGAAGCACGCCUGGAAGCGCUCCGCUACCUAACCAGCCUACAAACAUGAACACGGCUGCAGCUGCAGCUACUGUGAACAAUCCUAAUAUGGGAGUAUCGGGAGCACAACUCCAACAAGGCCACCCCCAUGCUCACCCUACGCAGCAGCCUGCUACUGCUCAACCAAGAAUGCCGAUCCCCAAGCAACUGCCAGAAAAGGCCACUGCAGUUCCUCAGGGAGUGGCAGUCGGUGGCGGUGUCGCUCCUGGACGACCAACCAUGUCUCAAGGAGGUGGAACUGUGGGAGGAGUCAUGAACCAACCAGCUGUGCCCAGAAUACCAGCCUACAAUCACGAUGCUGAAGGCGACCACGUUUUGAGCAAGAAAAAGUUGGAUGAGCUUGUACGACAAGUCUGCGGAGGACCUGCGGAGGGCCAGGACGGCAGUUUUCUGACUCCGGAAGUGGAGGAGAGUGUGUUGAGCUUGGCCGAUUCAUUCGUCGACAACGUCCUUCAUGCCGCCUGCAGGAACUCCAAAGAGCGCGGCUCCAAGAUGCUUGAAAUACGAGAUAUUCAGCUCGUGCUCGAGCGAACUUAUAACAUCCGUGUUCCGGGUUACUCCUCUGAUGAACUGCGGACCGUCCGCAAAGUCCAGCCAUCUACGGGCUGGAUCGCGAAGAUGAGUGCUGUGCAAGCAGCCAAGGUAAUGCCUGGAAAGGGCGAGUAA